GCAACAGCCUCACAAACACGCUCCCCCCUCUCAGUUACAUGCACAGUCACACACAUACCACACGCAUACACACAUCACAAGCACUACCACCGCUGUUGCUGCUGCCAUCACUACCACACAUACACACGCUCACAGUGACGGCUGCCAAGCGCAGUGGGAAGCAAGCCGUCAGGGAGAGAGCUUGAGAAGAAAGAGGGAUUGCAGAGAAGAAAAGAGAAGAGAGUUGGAGGAGGCACCUUGUGGAUCAGGAGGGAUUUUCCUCAGUGUGAGUCUGGAUAAGGCUAUCUGCUUCUUCUCUGAGCGUGAGGAGUUUCUACCAAGGCUUUUCCCUUUUUUUUCUUUUCUCCUGCUCAUCCUCCAUGCCGGGCUCCUGCCGUAUCUACCUAUCUAUCCCCGGAGCUUAACAAAAGAGGGAGCGAGAGAGAGAGGGAAAAAAAGGCAGUCACAGCUUCAGCUUCAGCUCCAGACCACCCUCUCUCUUCCUCCUCCUCCUCCUCUCCAAGCUCCACAUCCAUCCCUGAGUUCAUCGCUGAUUUAACUGUCUUGUGUGGAUCGAGCCGGAGAGGAGGACAAGCGUGUCUUCUCCAGGAUACACAAGCUCCCGGUGGGAUCGGGGGGGGUCUUGUCUGGUGCGAGAAAGAGUGAAAGAAGGAGGGAGGGGAGGAAGAACCAGACGGGGAAAACGGAUACACAGGAAGAGAGAUAGAGACGCCAAAGAGAGAGACAAGAGUGAGUGACGCCGGGAAAUUCAGGGGCAUGUUCAGGGCAGAAGAAGAAGAGGAAGAGUGAGUCUGGAUUUCUAGAGCGGAGAGAGCAAGGAACCGGCAACCGGAUCCCAUCCAUUCCCUCCUUCUCCUCCUCCUCAUCCUCUUCUUCUUCCCUCUCCUUUAACCUCUCUUCUAUUGUUUCCUGCAUUCUUCUACCUAUCCUAAAUCUUCCUUUCCUCACCCUAUUCCCCUUUUCCCCCUUGCCACUCCGGAUUCUGUUUUUCCAAACCCCCUCGGGAAGGAUGGUUCUGUGAGCUCCCAGACAAGUAGACAGACUAAAAAAAAAAAAAAAUCCCAUCCUUCUGUCACACGAACACUCCGCUAAGAGGAGAGCGUCCCUGUUCUGCAUCCUCCACCUCUUGGAAUCACAUCGUCUGAAGGAUCCAGGCCAGCUCCCUUGGAGUGAUCGUAUACCCACACCUGCCAGCUUCCACAUCUCCAGCCUCCAGCACCUUCGAUCGGAUUCCAGCUACAUGGGAAAACGUUUGGAGCAGCAGCCAAUGUACCCCCACUACACCUACUACUACCCCCACUAUCUCCAGACCAAGCAGUCCUAUGCUCCUCCCCCUCCACCCAUGGCUCCGCCCAGCCCUGGUACCACUGGAGGAGGAGGAGGGGGAGGUGGUGGAGGAGGUGGAGGAGGUCAUGGAGGAGGGUUAGUGGAGCAGCUUAGUAAGACCAAUCUGUACAUCAGAGGCCUGCCACCGGCCACCACAGACCAGGACCUCAUCAAACUCUGCCAGCCAUAUGGAAAGAUUGUGUCAACAAAGGCCAUCUUGGACAAGAACACCAAUCAGUGUAAAGGCUAUGGCUUUGUGGACUUUGACAGCCCUGCAGCAGCACAGAAGGCUGUGGCCUCGCUCAAAGCCAGCGGAGUCCAGGCACAGAUGGCAAAGCAACAAGAACAAGACCCCACCAACCUCUACAUAUCCAACCUCCCGCUGUCCAUGGAUGAGCAGGAGCUGGAGAACAUGCUGAAGCCUUUUGGUCAUGUGAUCUCCACAAGGAUACUGAGGGACGCCAACGGCCUGAGCAGAGGAGUCGGCUUUGCAAGGAUGGAGUCGACAGAAAAGUGCGAUGUCGUGAUUCAAAAUUUCAACGGGAAAUUCUUGAAAACCCCUCCAGGCAUGACAGCCCCUGCAGAGCCGUUGCUGUGCAAGUUUGCUGACGGAGGCCAGAAGAAGAGGCAGACCCAGGUCAAGUAUCCCCAGAAUGGUCGACCAUGGACGCGGGAAGGAGAGAGUGGCAUGGCGCUGACAUAUGAUCCCUCCGCAAUGCAGAACGGGUUUUACUCUUCGCCAUACAGUAUCUCCACCAAUCGAAUGAUUGCACAGACGUCAAUCACACCCUUCAUAGCGGCCUCUCCUGUUUCAACGUACCAGGUCCAGAGUACAUCUUGGAUGCCACAUCAACAGUAUGUUAUGCAACCUACAGGUGCUGUGAUCACCCCGGCCGCGGCCAUAGAGCCCAGUUUGUCUCUUCACCCCUCCAGUGUAAUGGCUCCUCUCACCCAGCAGAUGAACCACCUGUCUCUGGGCACUACAGGCACUUACAUGCCUGCUGCAGCUGCUGCUCCUAUGCAAGGAACCUACAUUCCCCAGUACACUGCAGUGCCUGCCUCUGCCAUCACAGUGGAAGGCGUGGUGACAGACACAUCUCCACAGACAGCAGCCCCCACCUCACAGGACGGCAGCGGGCAGCAGCCUUUAUCAGUGGAGAAUACAGGAGAGCAUACCACAGCCUACUCCUACCAACAGUCCAAAUAACGAGAUUGGGAGGAAUCAUCGCUGCAUUGCCUUCAGAAGGACUGCACUGAGACGCCGGAGACACAUGGAGAAUCAAAAUGAAAUGAGGACAAAAACUAGAAAGAAAAAAAAGAGGUGACACGGGAACACUGAGGGGAGAAUGCUUCCACUGUGCACAGGCACCAAAAACAUGACAAAAUGAAGAAAAAAAAAUAUCUUUCGUACUUGGUUGAGGCAAAAAAAAAAAAAAAAAAGAAAAGAAAUGAUGGUUUUGUGGACUUGAGGACAAUGAAAUCAAACACAGUCUAAAACUUUUGAGUUUCCCACUGUGAGACUGGACUCUGCCUCUAACAGAAGAAGCCAGGACUGAAACCUGAACUCAACCAACAAACUGUACAGAAAAAAAGAACAUUUGAAUGUGCAGGUAGAUUUUCAGACUUUUUUAUGAAAAAAUUAAAAAGGAAGCAACGUCUAGGGGGGAAACAGAUUGUCUUCCUUUGAUAUUAAGCUACAUUAUUUUCAUUCUUUUUAUUAUUUGAGUAGUUUUCUAGAAUAUUAAUGUUUUUUCGUAACUCUUUAUGCCUUAAUUUUUUCAAACUUUGGAAACAAACAUCCAGAGUGUUGAAUUUUAAAACAAGACUGAUGGUUGAAUGAUUUUAAAGGCUCAUGGAGAGAAGAAAUCUACAAAGCUAUCUGUACAGGAUUUAAAAAAAAGGCAUUUGUAUGAAGAUGAUUUUAAAUUAUGUGGUGCGGUGCAGCUGAUGUUGUCAGUAAGAAAAAAAAUCGUCCUUAGGGGUCAAUCUGCUGCUUCCUGAACGAUGCGGUUAAGUUUAAUCAUCAGAUAGAAGUUCUGUUUUCCAUCACAUUUCUACUUUUUAUAGAUUUUUUUCCCCUGUUUGUUUGAUUGCCGUCUUUUUUUUUUUUUUUUUGCUUUGCCUGCUUUGCUUGUCACACUGCAAAAAAAGAAAAGAAAAAUAAGGAAAAAGUCUGACUUUGAAAAAAAAAAGCAGGAAAAAAAACGCUAGGAUUUUUAAAUGUGCAAAAAGCAAUAGUUUUAGUAAAACUGUUGACAGUUUCUUGAGUCUUUCUUAACUGUUGAACAAAAAGCAGCCUACAGGGGGCUUAUUUUAUACCAAAGAUGAAGAAACUAGGUAGAGAAGAGAUCUUCCUCACUGUAUGUUGCUUUUUCUUUCAGUUUUUUCACCUCUUUGAACUGAGAUCUUUCUUGCUCAUCAUGCUGUUUGUGAUUUUAUCAGAGACUGAGAAGGAGCAGAUGAUCUUUAACACAACUUCCUCAACCAGAAGAUUGAACUCUGGGAUGUUUUAUUUGUCUCAUGAUCAAACUUUGAUGAUCUAUCGUGGGCAGUAAUAUCUGUGGAGACCAGGCGCCCUGUGGGCUGGAGAGUGUGGAGGAGGAAAUUAUUUGGUAAACUUUUAUUUUUGAGGGAAAUAUGAUUAUAUCUGGUGUAUUAUUGCCGAUAUUUUUUUGCAGCCAACAACACCCUCUUUGGCUGUACUGAUGAUUCAAAAAUCCUGAAUGCAGACACUGAGAAGCUGUAAAUCAUCAUGACAGUUAGCCAAAUGCUCUACAUUUCUUAUACAUCAGAUUGUUUCACGCCAAUGUCUUGCCAAACACAAGCCAUCUAAAAUGUGAGCAGGGCAGGACAAGCAUUUAUCUUUAUUCAAAUGAUUUCAGCUUAUAUGUACUCUUGAACAAGAACAAGGAGAAAUGUUUUUCUUUUUCUUUUGUAUUGCCUUUUUUUUAAAAUUGAUUAUGAUGUUUGAGCUGCUAAAUACUUUUAAUUAUUGGGGAUUUAGGUUGUGUUUGGUUGGGUGAGUGUGGCAAAGGGAGGCCCACAGGGGUGACAGAUAUAGGCUUCUAAAAUCCAAGGUCAAGACAGAAAAUAAUGUAUUGUAAUUCACUGAUAUAAGACAUUCAAAUCAUCAUAGGUUGUAAGUUGUAGCAUUUUUAGGUGAAAGAAGAUGAGUAUUUCUGGUUGUAGUUCUCAGAAAACAAUACGAGCUUUCACUAUAGCAAUGAAAUUUCCAUGUGCAAAAUCUGAGUAAAUAUUUUCUUCACCAUGGCUGUUUUGUUUUUGGUUUUUGUUUUUUUUUUCAGUUUUGCUCUAAAUGAGCACAAAUCAAACCAAUCAGAAUUUGUCUGUAGACAGUGCUAAAAAGUUUUUGUUUGCUGGAGUUAGUGCUGUUGCCUCAUAGUAAGAAGGUUCCUGUUCGCUUACCAAUCAGGGCAUUUCUGUGUGCAGGUUCUCCCAGAGCAUGCGUGGGUUCUCUCCAGGUACUCCAGCUUCCUCCCACCACCAUAGUCAUGUUCAUUAGGUCAGGAACACUAUCGUCAUACAUUUUACCAUUUUAUUGCGAAAUGGAGAUACAGUUUUAGUUAGUCAAGCAUCAUGCUUUGACUUUCCAGGAAGUGCAUCGCUAGAGACCCCCAUAUGGAUGGAUAUAUUCAUGACAAUGUGUACCAAAUACAAUAAAAUUGGUUCAAAAGCAAUUAAUCAGUAGUAGCACAAAUCUGAAUAUGAGCUUUGUACAAGCUUUGUGAUACAAAGGAGGAGGCUGGGGUGGGGGAGGUUAAGCUUUGCCAGCAGCAGGAGUGCAGCAUUAAUGCAAGGAGGGGUUAGUGAGGAAGGGUAUAGGGAUUUUCAAAUACACUUAAUAUGUUGAGAAAAAGAGCUGUGGGAGCUGAUUUUCUGAAAAGAACACGUGUUGGUUCUCCUUCAGUUUUAUUCUUGUGACCAUGCUCAUCAUCCCUGAGUAAACAGGGCGGUUUCAUCCUCCACAUGGUUUGAGGCUGCAGAGGGAGGGGUUCAAGCAUGAAAAGAAAAUAUGUGUGAAACAUGUUUAAGCCUCUAAGUAAAGCAUAAACAAGCUGCCCAUCAGUGUGACUACAAAGCUGAGAACAACAAACCAAGAGGAGUUAAACUUCACCCUCUUUUUCUAAAGCCAACCCUUUUGCUCUAUGAUUAAUAUUCAGCUUGCCACAUUUUACAUCUCUAACUGUCUAAUCCUGGCUCUGGAGGCUACACCCUAAAAGCCCACCCACCCAACCACUAAUGAAAGAAGCUAAUAGAGAGAGGAACAGAUGAACGUAUGGUAAAAACAUGGUUCAACCAAAAUCAACCAGACACAAACCUCUAUGGGAAAAUAAGUUAUUGAGAGAAGAGAGAGAAAGUAGAAAUGGUGAGAACAAAGUAAUAUUUAUGAGAUCUUUUUUUGUACAGGUGUGUAAAAGAAGAUGCAACAGAAAUAACUUUGAUGAUGCUAUUUUUUUAUUUGCUUGGUCACAUGCCUCCCAUGUCUUUCAAAUUGUGAUUCUGAGAGUGUCUGUAGAAACAGUGGAUAUUUCUGUAGUUUCAAAUGUCUUUUUUUUCUUUUGGGUUUCUUUUUAGACAAAUCUUUCAAUAAAAAA